CUUUGUAGGGAAGAGGCAGAAACCUCCUUGAACUAAAUCAGUUGAGAGCUAAAGAAGAAAUGAUGAACUGCAGAUACAUCUUCAUCAUUGUAACCACCCUGGUCCUAUCGGGACUUUUGACAGACGCUCGAGCCAUUGGAAAUGUGGAUCUCGACCUGCGGUGCAAAUGCAUCAGAACGACAUCUGUCUUUAUUUCUCCAAAGCACAUGAAGAACUUGAAAGUCAUCACACAUGGGCCACAUUGCCACACAACUGAAGUCAUUGCUACUCUUAGGAAUGGAAUGAAACGUUGUUUGAAUCCAGAGACACAAUGGGUGCAGAAGAUGCUGAGGAAGCUAAAAGACAAUGAAACAAAGAUAAUUAAGAAUAUAUAAAGAACUCAACCUAUUCUGAACUUGUCAACCACAUGUUACCUUUACCAACAGGCUGAUGGAAAUUCAUCUCAGAAAAAGGUGCUAAAGAUUCUUGAAAAAGAACCAAGAAAUAGUUAAUUUCUGGUUUUCAGUGGUUAAGCACUGUGUGCAUUUUAUUUGUAUCUGUGGAGUUAUUGUCUGGGGACAAGGUUCCUGUGUUACACUAACCUGUCAAGCAACCUGAAUUCUGCCGGUCCUCAACUCCCCUCCCCCAGAAUCCUUAAUCCUGGGCUUAUUAGUAUGGAGUGAGCUGGCGAGAGGGGUUAGCAGGUUAAUAUUGCUGUUUUUACACAAUUGCAGAUCCAGCCUUCAGUUAUUUCCAUUGUAACAUGUUCAAAAACAUUCAUGUACAUUUUAAAUAUGUUUUACUAUUGAACUUUGCAUUUAAUUUUAAAAACAGACGAAAGAGCAACAUGGUAAAGUCAAUCAAACUGUUCUGGAUUGCUUCACCAGAACACAUGCAUAGAGGUGAUAGCAUAAAGGUAUUGGCAUAACAAGGGUUCAGGAUGUCUCCCAGAUUAUAUUUUAUUAUUAUAUUUGAACCAUUCCACAUAAUUGCAAGUAUUGUAUUCAGUACGCAACUGCAGUGAGUUAAAAUUGACCAGGGUGUCACUUGCCAGAAAUCUACUGCUUAGCAAAGAAAAAGCAAAGUGAAAUAUUGAUUAUUUCAAGAAAUAUUUCAACGACUUUGCUCAGAGACGUCUGAUGCCUUGUUGCUUCUGCUGUUUAAAUCAAGGAAGCACAAUUUGCUGUUACUGCAUUAGCGAGUACAUAUUCUGAAAGACCCACUCAGCAGCACUCAAAUCACUCAGGAAUGUACUCAAUUAUUAUGUUAUUUAACUAUAUUUUUAAAUAUUUAAACUAUGUGUAUUUAUUAUUUACCUUUGUAUAACCUAUGGUCCUUUGCGCUUUUAAUUGUUUAAUGCCAUAUAUAAUGAUGAUUGUACUCACUUUAAAGUAUGAGAAAAUAAAAUAUC